AUGUCUGCUCCAAAAAAGAUUGUUGUUUUGCCAGGUGACCACGUUGGUCAAGAGAUCACUGAUGAAGCUAUCAAGGUUUUGAAGGCCAUUUCUGAGGUUCGUUCUUCAGUGAAGUUUGAGUUCCAGCAGCAUCUUAUUGGUGGCGCGGCUAUCGACGCCACCGGCGAGCCCCUGCCUGACGCUUCUUUGGAAGCCGCCAAGAAGGCCGAUGCGGUUUUGUUGGGCGCAGUUGGUGGCCCUAAAUGGGGUACUGGCGCAGUCAGACCUGAGCAAGGCCUUCUGAAAAUCCGUAAAGAGUUGCAACUGUACGCCAACUUGAGACCCUGCAACUUCGCCUCAGAGUCUCUGCUGGAUCUUUCUCCAUUGAAGGCUGAGCACGCUCGUGGUACCGACUUUGUUGUCGUGAGAGAGCUAGUCGGUGGUAUUUACUUUGGUGAGAGAAAGGAAGACGAGGGCGAUGGCGUAGCUUGGGACAGUGAAAAGUAUUCUGUCCCAGAGGUCCAAAGAAUCACCAGAAUGGCUGCCUUCUUGGCUUUGCAACACAACCCACCUCUGCCAGUUUGGUCGCUGGACAAGGCCAACGUCCUGGCUUCCUCCAGACUGUGGAGGAAAACUGUGGAGGAAACCAUAAAGAAUGAGUUUCCAACUCUCACUGUGCAGCACCAGUUGAUUGACUCCGCUGCCAUGAUCAUGGUCAAGAACCCAACUCAGCUGAACGGUGUUAUCAUCACCAACAACAUGUUUGGUGACAUCAUCUCUGAUGAAGCAUCAGUCAUUCCUGGAUCUUUGGGUCUUCUUCCAUCUGCCUCUCUGGCUUCUUUGCCUGACACUAACACCGCUUUUGGUCUGUAUGAACCUUGCCAUGGAUCUGCUCCAGACCUGGAAAAGGGCAAGGUCAAUCCGAUCGCUACGAUCUUGUCUGCUGCCAUGAUGCUGGAGUUGUCUCUAGACAUGUUUGAGGAAGGAACAGCCGUUGAGGAAGCUGUGAGAAGAGUCCUCGACUCUGGUAUCAGAACUGGCGACCUAAGAGGUAGCAACUCCACUCAAGAAGUCGGCGAUGCUGUCGCCAAAGCUGUCAAAGAGAUUUUGGCCUAA